UCAAAGGGGCCAGCAGCACGGUGGCUGCUGCUUUCAGUUUAGAUUGAAAGAGCGGCAGCGCCACGAUGGGGCGGCGACGGCUCGCCCGAGGAGCAGUUAGAACCUGCCCGCCUCCUUUUUCAAGGUAACCCCCUCCCCACUCCUGGGAUAGACAAGAAGCGUUUCUUGCCCAUCCCUACCACCGAUGCGCCGGGGGGCUCACUGGACACACAGCUCUGGUGGCGGUCCUCAGUACUCUAUUGGAAAAUCAACAUGUUUAUCCUCGUGGUGGCAGCUCGAAAGAUUUACUCGUACAUCAAAUCGGUGCCCACUGAAGGGUUUGCCAAUGUGGAGGGCAUCUUAGGAGCUCUAGCUGGCAUCUUGAUGGUGGCUGAGAUCCGUGUCAGGCCUAACGUGGAGAUCAACAAUACCAUGAGCAUCUUUGUUAUUGUUGUGCUGAUCACCUGCUGGUAUAUCAAGCCUGUUGUGCAGCUGAUUUGGGGGAAUGAGGAUGACAUCUUGGAUAGGGCUCUAAUCAUCGCUGUCUUCAUCUCAACCAUUGUGAAGAUCCAUCAAGCUCUUCAGCAAUCAAUUAUGUCUGGUGUCCGAAUGAUCCGCUCUGCAUUCUCAACUCUGAAUCAAGAACUCAAUGAGAAUCUGCCCUUUGACACUGUGGGUGCUUUCCCUGUGAUGGUUUGGGCCUUCAGUCUAUACAGAGCAUACACCGAUGUGGGCUUCAAGUUGUUGGCCACGGCUUCUGUUCUGAUGGUGACCCAGGUCCUCCUCCUGCAUAUCAGUAAGAAGCCACAUCAAUGCUUGGAGUGCGGAAAGAACUUCAGAAAGCACACACACUUUGUUAGACAUCAGAGAGUGCACAAUGGUGAGAAGGCAAAUUAAAGCUCAGGCUGUGGAAGGAGCUUUAUUCAGAUUCAUUUCUGGAAUGUGGACAGUCCUUUAGACAGAAAACACCAGGUUUCAUGCUCUGCCCUCUGCAUUACUAUCUGGGAGAUUUCAUCGCUUACCUUUGGAGGAACGUCGGUGUAUUUGUGGUUCAGGAGAAGCAGAAACUAAUGCUCAUAUUCUAUCACAUUGUAAAUUACAUCAGGAGAUCAGGCAAUGCUUUAUCUUGCCCAAAGUGUCUAAAUUGACAGACCAAUCAGAUGAUUAGUAAAUAUGUUACUUUGAGUCAGGGACUCUUAUGUCUCCAAUACUGUAGCAAGGUUUUGUUGUAUUGCCUCUAGAGUGUACAAAGGGGAAAGACUCUAUGUAUAAGUUUUAUUCUGUAUUCUGUAUUUGUAUACUUUGUACUUUGUAUUUUGUAUUUCUUGUUGUUUGGUCUUUGACCGUAAAUAAAUACUACUACUACUA